CAAUCUUUUAUAUAAGCUUGCAGCGUCUAAAAAACACGCAAUCAUCUUUCCCGUUAUAGACAACGCUCGAACACCUUUCCUUACGGUACAAUCCGGAUCCAUCUGCGAAAUAAUGGAAGAUAUCUUAUAUUGACCCCGAGCCAUUAUACCCGCAGCAGUCUCAAUCUGAUAUUCGCAACGUAAACAUUAUUUUAACGAGAUGCAGUUCCUUGGGGCGACUAUUUUAGUUUUUUUCGUAACUUGGGUUCAUUCGUCGCCUGUGCCUCAUCACAAAUACUCGAAAAACGAUCACGAAAAGGUAUACUAUGACCAGAAGCAAGAGGGUGAACUAAACGUACGCGCCGACCUCAAGAAUUUCGUUAUCCUUGUAAUCCCGACUGCUAAACAACAAGCUUCCGCGGAAGAACCCAGCAACCUGUUGGAUUUUCUAAUGAAAGCACAGCAACAUAAUCAAAACAAACGACAUCCCAGCACCGCGCCUGUAAAACACGAUACGCACGAAAUUGGGAGAGAAACAAUGACAUUUCUGGAAGCCAAGACAGCCCCCUAUCAUGUGGACAUUAGCAAAUCAGACAGCCACUUGAUGAACGACGAAAUCAAAGCGACUCAGAGUCCACCAGCCACGUUGCCCAAAUCCAAACGCGAGAAAGACGGUAACUCGUCGAAAAACAGAGCGAAACGAUUUACGGAAGCUUUGAUAUUAACCGUACCCGAGGAAGAUUUUGUCUUGUCGAAAACGGAUGACGUGCAAAACGAAUUAAUAACGAAUGAACAAAGUAAUGAUGCUGAGAACGGCAAAGGAGAAAUGACGCUUCUUGGUGCAUUGGAGCAAUGUGGGCCCGAAAUGUAUAGGGAUGAAGGUGGUUUGUGCAAACUAAGAAACUCUGUGUAGUGAAGUCAGUUUCUAUAUAUUUUAAUGCUAUUUAUUAUAAUUACGUUGAUUAUUUUAUUAAAAUAAAUUAU